ACAUCGGCGUAUUUGUGACAUUCGUAGACGUUCUUCAGCUCUGCCCUCAUGGUGACUAAAAUUUUAACCAGGAAAAUACCGAGCAGUUGCAAGCGAGUUUCGAUCGAAAAAACUUGAGUUUCAUCCGCGAUUAGCGUCGUGCAAGAGAAAUCAUUUGCGUACGAUUUCAAUCUGCGAUAAUGGCGUCCGAUGCGAAACGCUAGAGAUACAGCGUAGCUAAGGCCUUAGAGGUGAUUUUUGACGAUGGAAGUGAGCAUGGUGGUAUCUCUAGUGAUGAGGAAUCCGAAUUAGAUAGAAAACUGGAAAAUUUUAGCGAAGAAUCGUGCCAGAGUCUCUGGAUGUCUUGCCCAUAAGAUAAGGAAUAUUUUAUCUUGGAAAUGUUUCCUUGUAACUCCAAUCCAUUCAGGCCCAGGCUGUUUCAAAGUCAAAAGUUGUACGAUAACUUCUGCAAAUGUCUACUCUAAAGAGUUAGGAUAACGGAUAAAAGGAGUUAAGAAGAAUGGCACAAGGAGGAGAAGAAAAAGAAGACGAAAAAGAGAGGCUUUCUAUAAAAUUUAUAGAGCACCUAUCACAAAGGCAUAAAGAUGAAGAAGAUGAAGGAGAUGAAGAUUGUAUGAAUUUGAGACCAAGCCAUCACUGGAAUUUUAUAAAAGCCGUAAAUUUUAAAACGGACCGUAGAAAAAUACAGGAUGUUCAGUCCUCGUUCACAUCAGCGAAGAAUCCAACUCUUAAAAACACGCCCAACAAUAGAUCCAGCCGCAAAGCUAAAAGUGUUUCCUGUGUUGAUGGGACAACAGUCCAUCAUUGUAUAAAUAUUUACUUGAAGAAGAGGUCCUGCAAGGGCACUGAGCUUAAGCCCGACGUGGAAAAGCAAAUAAAAGAAUUGGUGGAACCUAUAGAAAAAAGUUUUGGAUUUAAAUUCAUAGACUCUGAACUUAGGAUUCGAGGAUAUGCAAGCCGGCAACAAACGCAAGCAAUUUGUUGGAAUGGCAUAAUCGAUGUCAUUGGUGUGAUGAAGGAUGGAACAAUCAUCGUUAUCGAUUGGAAACUAACUAGUGACGUACUUAAUAAUGUAUGGAAUCAUGCAAAUGGAUUCUCACCGAAACUUCACCAAUUGAUGAUUUACCGGGAGCUAAUCAUAGCCGCCGCAGGGGAUUUUUAUAAAGAAAAGGCUGUUCCAGUGGUAGGCAUCUUGCUUGCGCCUAUCUCAUCCAUAUCCAUCACAGCCGGUGAAUCACGUUUAUGUCUCUGUUUUAAAAAGCUCCAAAGUGCUGGGUUUUUUGAAAAAAUAAAGGAAUAUACCUGGACAGCACAGAAACCCAGAAGAAGAGAUGAACAUAAGGCCAAAGCUGUGGAUUCGGGAGACAUCUUUAUCCAGGGACAGAAACAGGUUGAAGGCAUGACUGAAGAUCAAUUGAGAGACUCUACAAAACAUCUGUUGUCUUCAUUGGGUACUUAUUGGCCAUCACUCUGCGAUAAGGACCGACAGGGGCUGUCUAACAUCUUGAAAUCUUGGAAAACUUCUAUGGAUAGCAAGGAUGCUUCCGUGGCAAAGGAUGACUCAACUAAGCCGCAAUCAGUGUAAGGAAGGUUUUAUGUCU